AUGUCCGUCCUGAGAGGCUUCUCGCGCGUCGCGGGCGGGUCGCAAGGCGCCCUGGGGGCCGGAUGGGCGCGGCUCGCUUCUGCCGAGGGCGGGUUGGCGCGUAGUGCCGCGCUUGGUGGCGCACCGGCACAAUGCAGCCCAUUCCAUGCAUCUUCGGUUCCCAAGGGACUCGGACCGAUCGCGCUUCGGCCUAAGUCUGCGCUGCGCUGCGCGCCGGGACCCACCCCGCGCAGUUGUCCUGCGCGCCCGGGCGGCCUGCGCAGCGUGUUCGACUUUGCUGCGGUCCGCCGGCGCGUCAUGGGGCCGUUCAGUCAGCGUGCAGGCGCCCAGGCCAGCGAGGGCGGCGCGGGGCCCACCUCGGUGCUGUCCCUGCCCGGCUCUCUCAAGAGGGUCACCAGGGGGCCGAGCCUGGCCGCUGAACGCGCGCGCGAGGCGGGCAAUGCGGCUCUAGACCGCGUGCCCUGGCUGAGGAGAUUCGUCAAGGACCCAGGCUCUCUUCGCAAGGCGGUCGGGCUCCACGCGGAGGCGAUCUGGCAGGCGCACCGCGGCAAGAUCGUCGCUGGCGGUGCUGUUGUUUCCGCCAUCGUGCUCUGGCGGACCAUGUACGCCAUCGCGACGAACUUCCUCUCCCUGUCAGAGACGGUGGCGGAGGGCGGGUUCUUGGCGCUCGCGGCCGCGAUGGUGGCGUUUGCGCUGAUGUACGCCAGGUCGCUUUACACCAUCCGGCCCGACUCCGUGUACCGGAUGGCCAUGGUGCGUCUGAACUCGUCCCCCGGCGCGCUCGAGGUCCUCGGCGCUCCGCUGUCCGGCUCGGACAUCCGCGCAUACGUCGUCACGGGGGGGGGGCUGAAGGUGUCGGGCUGGCGCCCCAAGUUGCGUGCACGGCGGGUGCAGAUGAUUUUCCCGGUCCGCGGCUCCGAGCGCCGCGGGCUCGUCACCCUCGAGGCCAAGCGGCGCCACGGCCGCUACCAGAUGAAGCUGCUCGCCGUCGACGUCCCUGCGGCCGCGGGGGGGGACCAGCGCUUGUACCUGGAGGGGGGUGAGGCGGUGUUCCAGCGGGGGGGUGUUCUGUCGGAACUGCGCGACCCCUUCUUGCGGGCGCUUGCGAUGAAGGAGACGUACGACAGGGAGGACGAGCAGGAGGACGAGGAGGAGGGGGAGGAGCAGGCGCGGCAGCAGCGGAGCGAGAGCAUGGCGCGCGCUGCAGCGACGCCGGCGGCACAGGAAGGCAGCGCGGGGGUGCAGACGUGGGAGUGGGCGGCAAUAGCCGCGCAGAGGAAGCUGCAGCAGGCGCGGGACGCGAUCGAGCGGGCCGGGCGCGGGCAGGCCGGCUGA